UGACAGAUAGAUAAUCUAUGCGAUGACGUUAAUAGUUCAACAAGUCUGAUAAACAUUGUACUAAUUCUAACUGUAUUAGAUUAUUCCAAAUUUACCUAGUCUAAUCUCACCGUUAAAUCGAACAGUGUAAAUUAGAAGCUAAAUAAAAUGUCAUCGACUCAUAUUUUCAACGUAGAAAUGACUUGCGAAGGCUGCUCUGGAGCAGUGGAAAGAGUCCUCAACAGGCUCAAGGGCCAAGGAGUAGAUGCUAUCACCAUUAGCUUACCAGAACAGAAGGUUUCCGUAACCUCAACGCUUAGCGCUGAUCAGCUAUUAGAGGUUAUUAAAAAAACAGGCAAGAAGACUACAUAUGUGGGAACACAGUAAACACAAUCUGAAGCAUAAAACUUCAUUGCCUGGAUAAGUUUUUUGUUUAACCAGGAGCAGGCCCUUGUUAUACGUUUCUGGCUGUUUAUUCUUGAUCAAGAAAAAGGGCACUAUCCAAUGUUAUCUAUUUUCAUGGUCUAGGUAUUUCCAUUCAACCCCACCAGGCACAGAAGUGGUAGUAUAUGUUUGGUGGGUAUAAAUGACAGCAUAUCAUUAUGUUACUUGCACCCAAGUCUGUUUCCCUGUCAUUUCUUCCCAUCAUAAGAUUUACUAUUCUGUUUUCAAUAUAAUGUUUCAGUUUUUGA